ACAUACAUUCAGAGGCAGAGACAGUCUGAAUAGCCCAACCGGUUGUUAUACUGUGGUCUGUUAAAUAAAUAAAUAACAGCUUCUGUAGCUUGUGCAAAGAUGCUUUUCAAGACAUGUGUGGUUGUUAUUUUAUUGUCUGACUUCAGCACUGCAAAAGAUUGGUGCUAUUUUGGCUGUGAAAAAUCGCUCCCACACUGGGGCAAAUACUAUCCCAAAUGUAAUGGGCAUAAACAGUCUCCAAUCAACAUCAACACCCAGAAAAUCGUUAAAAACCAAGAGUUGGCAUCUGUUGACCUGAUUAACUUCAGUCUCCCUCACACCAUGAAGAUGCUGAAGAAUAACGGACACACAGUUGAGUGUGAGCUGAAGGCAGGAGCAGUGGGAGUUCAAGGAGGAGGUCUGAAGCACAAAUACACCGUCCUGCAGUUUCACUUCCACUGGGGUGGAAAGGACCUGGUGAACCAUCCAGGAUCCGAGCACUCUCUGAACGGACACAGAUCACCUCUAGAAAUGCACAUUGUCAGCCGGAGAAGUGAUCUUAAUGAAAGCACUGCAGCAAAACUUCAAGAUGGCUUUGCUGUAUUGGGCUUCUUUAUUGAGAGCAAUGAAAACGAAAAGCAAAAGGACAUGUCACAAGUCUGGGAAAGCUUCACCGAUUAUCUCCAAAAAAUACCAAGAAAGGGAGACAAAGUCAGAAUUAUGGAGCCCUUUUCUAUGCAUCAGCUCUUAAAGGGGGUUGAUCUCAGCAAGUACUACCGCUACAAUGGCUCACUGACCACCCCUCCCUGUGAUGAAGCUGUGGUUUGGACCAUCUUUAAGGACCCAAUUAGGAUCAGCAAAGAUCAGCUGCUCAGGUUCCCAACACAAAUUUCCUUUGACAAUGUGUACCGGCCACAGCAACCGCUGAACAAUCGCGUGGUCUAUUCUUCCACCACUCUCAACCGCAGGUCACACAGGAACAACUGAGCACAUCCUACAGCACCCAUCCAAUCGGCCCUAAUCCGAAAAUUAUGCAUGUAUUUUAAAUACAAAAGCUUUUAUUUUACUCAUUGCCAGUCAGAAAAAGAUAUGCUCAUUUAUUUUUUUGCAACAAUUAAAAAAAAUAUUGGUACAUUAUUGAUGUAUUUUAUUAUAUUCUAGGACAUAACAAUUAAAGAAAAUAAAAGAAGCAAUAUGGAUAAUGCAUUCAAUAUGUUGUUUGAAAAAAAGAUGGUUUCAUGAAAUGACAAAGCUGGUUAAGCUGGUGUGUAUCGCAAGUUUUAGAGGGAUUUUUAGCUAGUUGACCAACUAAACAUACAAAUGUCAGCUAAGCCAGACUGAGAGAAAAACUAAAUAAUUUAUUUGUUUGUUGAUUGAUUGAUUUAUUAUUAUUAAAUUAUAUUACAGAGGACUCAUUUUAGCUGGAAGCAAUGGUAUGAAGUAAAAAAUAUCAUGAUGCAGUGCAUCAUUCAUUACAAAUACGCAGCUUGUGGAUGUUUUUAUCAGCUGUUUGGACUCUCAUUCUGACAGCACCCAUUCACUGGAGAUCCAUUAGUGAGCAAGUGAUGUAAUUUUAAAUAUGCUCAGAUGAAGAAAUAAACUCAUCUAAAAUGGUAACUCCUGAAUAAUCUAC